AUGGCGUUUAAUCCAUUUUUAAGCAUGGGGGAGCCGGUAGCGCCGGUGACGACGGAAGCUGUCAAUCCGUUUAUGAUGACGACGGACGAGGCGCCGGUGGAGUACACCGGCGAUAACCCUUUCGCGGCUAGCAACCCGUUCUCGGACUUUGGGUACGACCCGCCCGCCGGCGACGUGCCAUCUGAUAUCUUUGGCGCCGAGCCCACUGGUGGGGCUACCCAAUUCGACGGUUUCAGUGCGCCCGCCGAGCCUGCCGGUGGGACCACCCACUUCGAAAAUUUCGCGACGCCCGCCGCACCCGUUGAUCUGUUUGGCGCCCCGCCAGUCAAGCCGACCGAGCUCGAGCUGGUCUCCACGACUGCGGACUUUUCGUUCGGAGAAGAUCUCAACAACGCGGUACCACCUCGCCCGCUACCACCGGAGACGCAGAAUCUUAUUCUGACAGUGACGGGACAGAUGGAGUUCACGAGCUCACACUUGCUCGACCGUAUUCCACCGACACGCACGCCUAGCCCUGUGUCUGUGCGUGACAUACACUCGGCCUGUCCUACGCCAGAGCCUGAGUUGGAGCCGCUGCCAUUGGACGAACCCGCGCCGGUGCAAACGGCGGCCCCCGCCGCUCCCGUGCAGACAGACUUUGACAUCAAUCGCAAUAAGCCGGUGCGACCGCCACCCGCACGGCCUCCCGCUGCGCGUCCUCCUCCCCCGCGCCCCGCGCCGCCACCAGUUCCACAGGCGCCGGUACAACAACAGCCAGCUACGGACGAUAUUAACCUCUUCGACGCUCCAGUUCCCGUAACCGUGAAGCCGACAAAGGAGGCAAUUUUGAGUUUGUACUCGGCACCAAAGCAGGAGGAGAAGCCGAUUGAUUUCCUAAGCGAUGAUAUUGUAGACGAUGUCCCGGCCGUAAAAGCUGAGGUGCCGACCGUCACAUCGGCGCCGGUUCCGGCAGCCCCGGUAGUCAAUGAGCCGGUCGCAGUGGUACAGCAGCCGUCGCCACCGAAAGCUCGCGAGCCACCGCCAUUGCCACCAGCGCCCGCUGUGGCAACUGCGCCAGCCGUUCCAGAUGCAGCACCUAUGGACUGCUCCGAGCCACCCGAAUCUGCACCCACAACAAACACGACGCCGUUCACCGAGGUCACGAACGACAAUUUCUCAGCGGAGCCGCGCGACGAGGAGAUGAACCCAUUCGAGUCCGGUGCUAAUACUUUUACGGACUCCACUCCAUUCACCGAUGCAGGCACUAACAUUUUUGGCGUGCAGGAGGAAGCUUUUCCAGCUCAGAAUAACGACACAUUCGGUGCAGCGGAUAACGGUUUCGGAGCCGUUUCUAAUGGAGCGUUUGAAACAUCAGCAACUAACAUUUUCGCCGCGUCAAACGACGCGUUUGCGGAUAACGCGAACAACUUUUGUAUGGAGCAAGGCGGCGCGUUCGACGCGCCGGCAUCGGCGACAACGGCGGCGUCGGCGGGGUGGGAUGCGGCACCGGCACCUGCGGCGGCGGGUUGGGACGCCGCGCCCGAGGCCAUGGCGCAGGACGCCUUCCCGGACUCACAAGACGCUUUCGACGCUUUCUCCGCCAAAUUCGACAACACCGCUGCCAAACAUCUGAACUCAGGGGCAUGGGGAGAUGAUGGUAGUUCAGAAGAGACCCCAGGAGGCUUCGAGGCGGAGGCGUUUGACCCGUUCUUGAGCAUGGGGGCUCCCCCGGCCCCCGCCGCGACACCGCGCUUGCAGUCACAGGGCUCUAAGGACUCCGCUGAUGACUCGUUCUCACUGUUCAUCAGACCGAAGGACAGUACCGGUGCGGACGCGGGCGCUGCAGUGCCGGCGUUGGCGCCCCCGCCGCGCCCGCAGGCGCUGCCCGAAUCUCCGCGUGCUAAUCCGUUCGACAAGAGUGCCGAGGCGCCAAUUCCACGCGCCGAUGCUUACGAGGAACAGCGGCGCGGCUCCGGCGGGUCAGGCGGCGAGACGCCACCGACGCCAUUGUUCGACGACGAUGUAUCCCAGCCACUCGAGGACUUCCCUCGGGUCAAGUACGACGGGCCGGGCUGGGAGAUGCAGCUGAGACAGCCGGUGAAGAAGAAGAUUACCGGACAAAGAUUUUGGAAGAAGGUGUUCGUCCGCGUGUCCACACAGGGCGAAGCGCCUGUUCUCCAACUCUUCAAGACCGCGCAAGACAAGGAGCCAUACCAGGAGCUACCUCUGCAAGCCUGCUACUCAGUGUCGGAGGUCGGCGCGCAGCAGUUCGAUACCUUCGGCAAGAUCUUUACGGUCAAGCUGCAGUAUGUUUUCUACAAGGAGCGCCCCGGUGUCAGGCCCGGGCAGGUGACAAAAGCGGAGCGCAUCACGAACAAACUGUCACAAUUCGCGGCAUACGCCAUCCAGGGUGACUAUCAGGGUGUCAAGGAGUUCGGUAGCGAUCUCCGCAAGCUGGGUCUGCCAGUGGAACAUGCCCCGCAGGUGUCGCAGCUAUUCAAGCUAGGCUCCCUCAACUACGAGGACAUUAUCCAGUUCUCAUGCUGCAUAGAAGAGGCGCUGUUCCGUCUCUCAGCGCAUCGCGACCGCGCGCUCGCUUACAAGAUGGAGGAAGUCCAAGUGACAGCUGUCGAUGAAUUGUAUGUCGAACAGGACGCGGAUGGGUCUGUUCAGAAGCAAAUUGCGCGUGUCAGGCUGUUCUUCCUUGCAUUCUUAAGCGGCAUGCCGGACAUCGAGCUGGGUGUGAACGACCUCCGCCGACAAGGCAAGGAAGUGGUCGGUCGGCACGACAUCAUCCCCGUGGUCACGGAGGAGUGGAUCCGCGUCGAAGACGCCGAGUUCCACGCUUGCGUGCAGCCAGAGGAGUUCUAUAACACGCAGAUUAUUAAGUUCAAGCCUCCAGACGCGUGUUACAUCGAACUGUUGCGCUUCCGCGUGCGUCCGCCUAAGAAUCGCGAGCUGCCGCUGCAACUCAAGGCUGUUUGGUGCGUCACUGGGAACAAGGUGGAGCUUCGAGCAGAUGUAUUGGUGCCAGGCUUCGCAUCGCGCAAGCUAGGACAGGUGCCGUGCGAGGACGUUGCUAUCCGCUUCCCCAUCCCUGAGUGCUGGAUCUAUCUGUUCAGAGUCGAGAAGCACCACCGUUACGGCUCUGUCAAGUCUGCGCACAGACGUACGGGCAAGAUCAAGGGUAUCGAGCGGUUCCUCGGCGCCGUGGAUACGCUGAGCGAGUCCCUGAUCGAAGUGACGUCGGGGCAGGCCAAGUACGAGCAUCAGCACCGCGCGCUGGUCUGGCGAAUGCCAAGACUGCCUAAGGAAGGGCAAGGCGCAUACACAACGCACAACCUGGUCUGCCGUAUGGCGCUGACCUCCUACGACCAGAUCCCCGCCGAGCUGGCGCGCGCCGCACACGUGUCGUUCACGAUGCCGGCGACCCAAGUGUCGCACGUGACUGUACGCUCCGUGUCGCUGCAGAACCACGACCGUGACGACCCGCCGGAGAAAUACGUGCGGUAUCUAGCGAGGCACGAAUAUGUCGUGGGCAUCGAGCGUACAACGGGCACGGCGAACGCGCCGUCAGCGUACGCGGCCGCCGCCGCCGUGCCGCGCGCGCCCGAGCCCGCGCCCGCCCCCGCCGCGCCGCAGCCGCCCUCCUCGGACUCCGACUCCGACUGAACCGUCGAAAGCCACUGCUAAUCCUACAAGGUUGGCGAGGCUUUAGACCGCUUCGAUCUUGGUAGUAUCCUGUAGGUUGGCAACCGAAUUGUAUUGUGGUCGGGACCUUGGACCGUUGGGAGCACGGUUGCCGGCCGAGUGCAA